GGGGAGGCGGCGCUGCGGGACGCCUUCAAGCGCGCUCGCAUGGGCGCACCCGCCAUUCUGUUCCUUGAUGAGCUAGAUGCGGUGGCGGGACGCCGCGAGGAGGGCGGCUCCUCGGGAGGUGGUGCGCCCGAUGCGGGUGUGCGGCUGCUGACCACACUGCUCACGGAGAUGGACGGAAUCGAGCUGGCAAACGGCGUGUUGGUGCUGGGCGCCACCAACCGCCCCGACGCAGUGGACCCCGCGCUGCUGCGCCCGGGCCGCUUCUCCAGCCACGUGUUUGUGCCGCCGCCCGACACCGCGGGGCGGCUGGAGGUGCUGCGGCUGCACUGCCGGGCGCUGCCGCUGGGGCGGGAUGUGGAGCUGGGGGCGCUGGCGGAGCAGACGGAGAUGUACACGGG